GGCGAGCAAUGCAGAGACUAAUUUUUACCUUCGUUUCCAUGUACACACUCAGCUGGGCGCUACCAUUGGUAUCCCAGGAGGAAGUGUCCUUUGGAGAUCCAACGCAAUCUAGCACGGACAUCAUAGACUUGAGCGCCUAUGGCGCUGCCUUGCUUGGUAAGCCGGAUCAGGAGCUAACAGGUGCUAGGGUAGCUAACUUAAGUGCUGACAGCGAUGUUAAUCCCGAGGAGCUGGGCAGCUACCUUGAGGGUGAUAUUCUAGUGCCACAACCGGCGAUCACUAUGCGAAAUGGCAUGGUAUCACAGAGCUUACGGUGGCCCAAUGGCGUGGUGCCCUAUCGAAUCGAAGGGGAUUUCGAUAGACAAGAGUUGUCCAUUAUCGAAACUGCCAUGGAGGACUAUCACAAACGCACCUGCAUUCGAUUCGUGCCACAUAGCGGCGAGAGGGACUACAUUUCCAUUGACAGCGAUUUCUCGGGCUGUUGGUCUGCUGUGGGUCGCAUCGGCGGGAGGCAGAGAGUCAAUCUACAGUUACCUGGAUGCCUGCGACGCUACGGCACUGUGCUGCACGAACUGAUGCAUGCACUUGGAUUCCUGCACGAGCAAAGCCGCAUGGAGCGCGAUGACUAUGUGAUGAUUAAUUACGACAAUAUACGCCCUAGAGCAUGGAAAAACUUUAGAAAGGCGGACAUUUCUGAGGCAUUCGGGGUGCCCUACGAUUUCGACAGCCUUAUGCACUACUCAGCCCGAGCCUUCUCAUGGAAUGGGCAACCGACAAUAAUCACAAAGGUGAGUUGGGCGUUGAACAAUAGAGACUACUGAUUAUAAGAAUAUACAUGAAUAUAAGAAAAUAAGAAAAUAAAUAUUCAAUUUACAGGAAGCGAAAGACAACAUUCGACUGGGUCAACGUUUGGCAUUUUCUGAUAAAGACAUAGAGAAAAUAAAUAGGAUGUAUGCAUGCGGUUCUCGCUUAACAACUCCGCCUGCUGAUGUCUCAUUCUCCACUCCCGAGCCAGAAAGUUCAAUGGUAACAACAUCAAGCAGCUCUAGUAUAGACCCUGAUAAUUGGAUAGAAUUACUCAUCAGCAGCUGGGGUCUUAAAGGAAGCUUCGAAGAGAUUCCAGAAGU